AUGCCAUCACUGGGCGCCCAGUCAUCACCCAACGCGCCUGCGCCGUGGACGGAUGCCACUGACUCCGCCGCCGCUCCAUUGCCGACCAUCAUCUGCUUCUGUGCACUGCACUGCCCCGAUACUUGCCUUGCUUCUCAUCUUUCUCGAUCCCUAGGCAUCCACGAGCUCUCUCCCGGCACUGCAGGUGAUGCACACGCUCUACGCGACAUCGAGACCUUCACCCCUCAGAGUGUCCCAUCGCGCACGUACGAUCACGCAGCCAUGGAGCGGGAUCCGUCCACCCCCAGCGGCUCAUACGGCCGUCCGUCCGCUCCCGCGCCCUCCGCUGCCAGCUCGGCCAUCAUGACACCCCUCGGCCCCGGCACGCCCGGCACGGAAGCCAGUCGCAACCCGUUCGGCGGAGCCGAUACCCCUCCGUCCCACCGCCAGGGCCCCGGCCUGGGGACGAACCCGUUCGCCAGCCCGGAUGCCUCGCGCCCGGGCUCGAGCUACGGCUCGUCCGGCAGCAUGCCCCAGCAGGGAGGCAGCCGGCGCUUCUUCCACUCGCGCCGCGUCGUCAAGGGGGAGGUCGAGAAGCCUUGGCUGGCCAGGAAGGAGUCCAAGGAGAAAUGGGUCACCAUCCUCCCCCUCGUCGGGAUCGCCAUCGGCCUGGCCAUCUCUGGCUUCCUGAUCUGGGAUGGUCUCAGCGGCGUCAACAAGCACAAGUACUGUCCCGUUCUCGAUGACGAGUUUGGUGGCUCUCUCAACACAGACAUCUGGACCAAAGAGGUUGAAGUUGGGGGAUUCGGAAAUGGAGAAUUCGUCCAGACUACAGGUGGAGAUGAGAACAUCUUUACAAAGGACGGCAGCCUCAUAAUCAAGGCCACGCUCCAGGAUGAGGACAAGAUGAAGACGGAUACGGUCAUCAACCUGCUGGACGACGGGUCGUGCACGGCGGACUCGUGGUCCAGCUGCGUGGCGUCGACCAACACGACGGCGGGCAACUCGAGCGUGGUGCCCCCCACCAAGUCCGGACGCAUCAACACCAAGAAGGGGGCGACGGUCAAGUACGGGCGCGUCGAGGUGACGGCCAAGCUGCCCAAGGGCGACUGGCUGUGGCCGGCCAUCUGGAUGAUGCCGGUCGAGGACACGUACGGCCCCUGGCCGUCCUCGGGCGAGAUCGACGUGAUGGAGUCGCGCGGCAACAACUGGACCUACGCCCAGGGAGGCAACAACAUCGUCUCGUCGGCGCUGCACUGGGGUCCGGACGCGGCCAACGACGCCUGGUGGAAGACCAACAACAAGCGGAGCGCGCUCCGCGGCACCUACGGCGACGGCUUCAACACCUUCGGGCUCGAGUGGUCGCAGAAGUACCUCUUCACCUACGUCAACUCGCGCCUCCUGCAGGUCAUGUACACCAACUUUGACAAGCCCAUGUGGGACCGCGGGGCCUUCAGCCGGGCCACCGUCAACGCCAGCCGCGUCGUCGACGCCUGGAGCCAGACGGGCCACGACAACACCCCCUUCGACCAGAGCUUCUACCUCAUCAUCAACCUGGCCGUCGGCGGCACGAACGGCUGGUUCGACGACGGCAAGUCCGGCAAGCCCUGGAUCAAUGACAGCCCCAACGCCCCCAAGGACUUCUGGGACGCCCGUGCCCAGUGGCAGCCCACCUGGUCCCAGCCGCAGCUCGAGGUCAAGAGGGUCGUCAUGCUGCAGCAGUGCGACGGGGAUGAGGAGCUGUAA